AUGGGCAACGCCGCCGCCGCCAAGAAGGGCAGCGAGCAGGAGAGCGUGAAAGAAUUCUUAGCUAAAGCCAAAGAAGAUUUUCUUAAAAAAUGGGAAAGUCCUGCUCAGAAUACAGCCCAUUUGGAUCAAUUUGAACGCAUCAAGACCCUCGGCACGGGCUCCUUCGGGCGGGUGAUGCUAGUGAAGCAUAAGGAAACCGGGAACCACUUUGCCAUGAAGAUCCUCGACAAACAGAAGGUGGUGAAACUGAAACAGAUUGAGCAUACCUUGAAUGAAAAGCGCAUCCUGCAGGCCGUCAACUUUCCGUUCCUUGUCAAACUUGAGUUCUCCUUCAAGGACAACUCUAAUUUAUAUAUGGUCAUGGAGUACGUGCCUGGUGGGGAGAUGUUCUCACACCUGCGGCGGAUCGGAAGAUUCAGUGAGCCCCAUGCCCGUUUCUAUGCGGCCCAGAUUGUGUUGACCUUCGAGUACCUGCACUCACUGGACCUCAUCUACCGGGACUUGAAGCCGGAGAACCUGCUCAUUGACCAGCAGGGCUACAUUCAGGUGACAGACUUUGGUUUUGCCAAGCGUGUGAAAGGCCGCACCUGGACUUUGUGCGGAACCCCUGAGUACCUGGCCCCUGAGAUCAUCCUGAGCAAAGGCUACAACAAGGCUGUUGACUGGUGGGCCCUGGGGGUACUCAUCUAUGAAAUGGCCGCUGGCUACCCACCCUUCUUUGCUGACCAGCCCAUCCAGAUCUAUGAGAAGAUUGUCUCUGGGAAGGUGCGGUUCCCAUCCCACUUCAGCUCAGACCUGAAGGAUCUGCUGCGGAACCUCCUGCAGGUGGAUCUCACCAAGCGCUUUGGGAACCUCAAGAAUGGGGUCAACGACAUCAAGAACCACAAAUGGUUUGCCACGACUGACUGGAUUGCUAUCUACCAGAGGAAGGUGGAAGCUCCUUUCAUACCAAAGUUCAAAGGCCCUGGGGACACGAGUAACUUUGACGACUAUGAGGAAGAAGAGAUCCGAGUCUCCAUCAAUGAAAAGUGUGGCAAGGAGUUUUCUGAGUUUUAGGGGUGUGCCUUUGCCCCAGUGGGUUUUCUUUUUUGUGGGGGGGGGGUUGGAUUGAACAGCCAGAGGGCCCCAGAGUUCCUUGUAUCUAUUUUCACCCCCAUCCCACCCUCCAGGAUAGGGGAGCAGGAAGCCCAGAUAGUCAGAGGGAAACACUAACUAGCUGGUCCCCUCACCUGCUGGGUCCUCCUGCCCCUUCUAUUGCUUUUGCCUUUCUCCUCCCAACCCCCCACCCAAACCCACCUCUGCCUAUUUUAAACUAGUUUCUCAGUUCCAGUUAGACCAGGUCUUGCUGGUGUAUCCAGGGACAGGGUGUGGAAAGAGGGGCCCAAACUUAACUCCAACACCCCCCCC